UACAGCCAAGUGAGUGUCGCGGAGGGAAAUAUAUCUGAGUGAAUCACGUUAAAUAUACGUCAUGUACUCAGCACUCGGAAGUGUCUCCUCAAUUGUGGAUCACGAUACUGGUUGCCACAGCAACGGUGGGUCUGUUUGUUUACAGCGACAGAAGACGCGCGCGCGCUGCACGAGCGCGUUUGUAAACCUCCCAUAGGUUUUAUUUGAAAAAGACUGGGGUUUCAGUACACGUCCGUUUACUCUGUCCUAAGUAAGAGCUAUAUAAUGCAGCGCCCAAAAUAUUUCACACCCAAGGAAGUGUCGGAGCACAACACCCUGGAGGACCUGUGGGUGUCCUUCCUGGGCAAAGUGUGUGAUCUGAGCCCCCUGGCCACUCAGUACAAAGGUGAUGUGCUAAUAAGGCCAAUUGUCGAGUGCGCUGGAAAGGACAUCAGUCACUGGUUUUGCCCCAGAACAAAAGACAUUCGCACCCAUGUGGAUCAGCUCACUUGCUGCGUGAAGUACUUCACUCCAAGGGGGCGCUUUGUUCACAUCCCCCCUCCCUGCCCUCGAACCGACUGGGCCAACGACUUUGAGACGCCCUGGUGGAGGGAUCGCCGCUACGAGGUGGGGCUGCUGUCCUCCAAGACGCGCUGGAUCCGCAUCGUCAACACUCUGACGGCACAGAAGCAAAUCCUGGAGGUGUGUUCUGAAGAAACCCUGGAUGAAAUCCUGCUGCGCUAUUUGAAGUACAACUCUCACGCCGCGAGCUACACCUGGAAGUUCGAAGGGUUCAACCUGGACAUGAGCAGGACUCUGGGCGACAACGGCAUCAUCAGUGAGCAUGAGGAUGAGGAUGAGGAACUCUACAGCAGCCACGUGGACCAGGACCUCUUCAUCCCAUCCAUCUGCCUGUACUUCAAUGAUGAUCUCACAGAGUUUUGAAGCCUGAGUGGAGAAGCACGUGGACACAGUGCGUGAGUGCGUUUGUGUGCCGACAGAGACACGGCGCACUAGUCUAGCUGAACCCUAGAAAUUCGGUGUCUGCCUCAUGUUUCACGCAGUCAGUUUGUCUUUGUCGGCGUCAUCCUGUGCACAUUUUUUUAUUCCCACGCUCGUUUUUUCUUGUGUCUUAUGCUGGCCGGCGGACCAGUGGGAAAACGGACCUUUCGUAGCACCGGUGGACUUGGGGAAGGUUCUCUCACACCAUCACAGAUGCAUGUUCUGUUCCACGUCUCACAGUGUGACAGCGGAGGAGUCGAGGAAAGACUGUUCAUGUCAGCUCUGGAGUUCGUGGUCUUGCGUGAGCAAAACCCGUACCGGAAGCACCCACCACCACCACCCAAAUAAGUCAGGCGGGAACCGAAGGCGAACCCGGAACACAGCGGCACGCACGUUCGCGAUGCGGAAGCGCACGUGGCAGAUGUACGUACACCGUACGCCACCUCCAUGCCACACCGUACACCACCUCGUACCACAGUUCUUGGAGACGGUCGGAACGGCAGGAAGGGCCACAUGGCAAGGUGUGAAGGCAAAGCUCCGCCCACCCGCCACCAGACUUUAUACACUUGGCGAAACUGCAGUGCAGACAAAGAACACAUGUGCAAUAACACACAGAGAAAUAAACGAGACUGAUGACAAAACUGCGGAAUAAUAAUGAGCAGAUAAUAAUGACCCGUUGCCAUGGUAAUCGGUCAUGUGGAUCUCUGCCACCCACCCUCUUUUUCCCUCAACUGCUCUCCUCCCCCCGCUGUGCCGCCUCGCGUGUCAGUGUUCGUUCUGCCGGAGACUCUUCAUUCUCCCAACUUCUUGCGUUCCCUUCAUUUGUCCUCGCGCCGCAGACAAAGCUCGAAAUAAAUGUUAAUGGAACUGCGCGAGGAGGUUUCGCACGACCUGCGGGGAGGAGCGAGUGACUGACUGCGGCGUCUCGCGCUCUGCAGCACGCGAUCCUUACAGCUCUACACUUAUGUUGAGAGGUGUUCAAAUAAAAACCGUUCUUGUUGAAC